GGGCGGGGCCCGAGCGCAGGGGCGAGGAUUGGUCCCGAAUUCUGCCUCUUCCACCUUUUUCCGGUUAUCCACCUCUCCCCCCUACCCACAAGUACACCUUUUCCUUUCCCUGCCCUCAACGCUUCCUCCACAGGUUAGACUUUAAGGUCCUUGCUAAAUCAGUAACAUUUUCGACGUGGAGCUCCAUAGAAAACAGAGGAAGAGGAUCGCCCAGGCAGGCUCCGUUCAUUCUCCACUCAACAGGUUGCAGGUUCUGCGACCCUUCCAGUAACGGUGGCACUGAAGAUUUUCUCCAAAGCACUUGUAGUUCACUUGCCCAUGUACGCAUGCUGGUAAGUGGCCAAACCAAACGGAUGCAGCCAUACCUGUGGAACUCUGAACCCCCAAGCUAUCACUCUUCCAAGAACAGUGUUUCUCACUGGAUUUACCACCAUUCUUUCAUGAGCAUGGUAAUCACUCAAGGAUGGGAGAUUAUUUGGAGAACAUGUCAAGUGGAACCUCUAAGGAAGUCCAGAGGGACACAGUCAAGAAGUCUGAUUCCUUCUGCAGGCUGCAGACAGAAAAAUAAUAGCUUAAUCCGCGAGAACUGCUCCUGCCUGUUUCAUUCACCAGCGUGGAAACCUGAAGCAUUUGAAAUCAUCCUAUAGCAGCGGAGUUCUCAGGGCGCACGCCUUAGCGCGGAGAGCAAACCUCCCCGUGUCCUGUCCUGUGUACAGAACGUUAAACCUGAGCUUCGCAGUUACACUCGCGGCUUCGGAGGCGCUGGAAUGCGAUCUGCGAACGCCGCAGGACGUCGCUCUUCCUCCGGCCU